AUGCAUUUAUCUAUCUAUCUAUCUAUCUAUCUAUCUAUCUAUCUAUCUAUCUAUCCGUGUUCUAUUUCAUACUAUGGGGAACAUGGUCAAACACCCCUCUUUUCGAUGAUACCAUUUUAUCUAGUAACAUGGGGACCGAGAGAUGACACAGAACGCAACAUUUCCUCUUCCCCAUUUUCAUUCUCUCUCUCUCUCUCUCUCUCUCUCUAUCUAUCUAUCUAUCUAUCUAUCUUGCUAGCUAGCGAGCUAUCUCAAUCUGUUUAUAAUCUAUCUAUCUAUCUAUCUAUCAUGCUAGCUACGAGCUAUCUCAGUCUGUUGAUAAUCUAUCUAUCUAUCUAUCUAUCUAUCUAUCUAUCUAUCUAUCUAUCUAUCUAUCUAUCUAUCAUGCUAGCUAGCGAGCUAUCUCAGUCUGUUGAUAAUCUAUCUAUCUAUCUAUCUAUCUAUUUCAGUUUGUUUAUAACCCAUCUAUCUAUCUAUCUAUCUAUCUAUCUAUCUAUCUAUCUAUCUAUCUAUCUAUCGCAGUCUUCUGUUGAUAAUCUAUCUAUCUAUCUAUCUAUCUAUCUAUCUAUCUAUUUCAUCUUUUAUAACACAUCUAUAAUCUAUCUAUCUAUCUAUUCAUCUAUCUAUCUAUCUCAUCUGUUGAUAAUCUAUCUAUCUAUCUAUCUAUCUAUCUAUCUAUCUAUCUAUCUAUCUAUCUAUCUGUCGUGUCUCUUCAGGACGUUUUCGUUUAUACUUCUACAUUUUCCCUAUCGUUUGUAG